CACUAAGCCCCGCCCCUGGAGUUCCUAUAAGUGGGUGAUGCAACGGGAGAGACGAGAAGCGCAACUCAGUACUGCGGAACCGAACGGAGCAGUCCACGCCGGAACCAGAGCCGGAACCAGAACUUUCAAAGAAUGAUGCUGCAGCACCUGGGACCGUCAUUGGCUGACAUCAGCUGCUCAGCCCUGGUCCCCUGCCUGUCCCCCCCAGGAGAACUCACUCUAGAAGACUUCACCAACUUCACCCCCAUAGUGAAGGAGGAGCUCCGUCAGGUCAUCCAGAACAAGCGACUGUCCUGCGGGCUCAGUGCAGACGCCAGUUCUGACAGCGCCAGCUCUGCCUCGGACCAGGCCCCGCCCACCCACGAGUCAGGGGUCAAGAGAGAGCUGACGCUAGAGGAGCACGACAGGAAGAAGAGGAGGCGAGAGAGGAAUAAGAUUGCUGCUGCAAAAUGCCGCAGCAAGAAGAAGGAGAAGACUGAAGGUCUGCAGAAGGAGUCAGAGAAGCUGGAAAGCAUCAACGCUGACCUGAAGGCUCAGAUCGAGGAGCUCAAGCAGCAGAAGCAGCAGCUGGUCUACAUGCUGAACCUGCACCGACCCACCUGCAUCGUCCGGGCCCAGGACGGACAAACCCCAGAGGACGAGAGGAACCUCUUCCUCCAGCACAUCAAGGAGAGCAACUUCCAGCUUCACAGCCUCACCUCCACCACAGAGGGCUUGCUGGGGGGGGGCCCGCUAAGCCUUGACCACAUUUGCUGUCCCGCUGAUCUAUGACUGAGCAGAGGCUGCCCCCUACCAACAUCAGAGACUAGCUGAGUGUUAGCCUGACCUGAACAGGCCUGACCCAGAAAGGACUGCGGGCCACACUUGGCUCACACAAAGCUGCAAAAACCUGACUAUGCACUGAGGGUUGUGAGGGAGGGGGACAUCUGUCAUGCAUUUUUUUUGACAUUACACAUAUCAAAGCUUUCCUGAUGGUUAUGUUGGUGUGUUGCACUGAAGUCAGAUUUCAACAAAGCACUUUUUCUGUUGGCUCAGCCCGGCCUGCACAGCAGCAGCACCAAAGUGAGAACAAUUACUGAAUGACUGCUGUAUGUUCCGAUUUUCCCAAACAACCUGGCUCUGUCCGAUGUCAGGAGAAAGAUCCAACUUGCUGCUAACCUCCACUUAGGACGUCACUUAUUAUUUCAAGUUUUUGUUGUUGAUUUAGUGACCCACCACAGACCAAGUCCUGGUUAUCAGCCCUGAACCAGCUGGGAACUGUGAAUCUAAACAGCAUCUGCCAUGCCGCUGUUUAGAUUGCCUUUGACAGUCAUUUUUGUCAAAAUGUUCAUUUUCUUUCCUCAUUCUCUCUAAAUCUGAGCGACUUGAGAGCAGUGUUUUCAGAAUCACAUACCUCCCCUGAUUUAUUUAUCUGCUUUAACCCUUUCACUGGUUGGUGGAAGUGCUCAGUUACCAUCAAGCUCUCGAUUCGAACGAUUUAUUUUUCGCUUUACCAAAAUGUCUUUCUUCUAAUAGCCAGUGCUUCAAACGGACUAAGGUAGAACUUGUCUUUCUGAAAAGUACUAAUAUGUACAUUCAAUCAAACUGAAAAGCAUUGUUUGCUUGCUUUCUGGAAUAUAAUCAUUGGCUUUCAGUUAUAUCAUUAUAUAUUAUUUGUUUUUGUUUUCAAACUCAGUUUUGCUCUGAACUUACUGCUGUCUCUCUAAAAGUCAGUGGUUUCAUUUUGAGUUGCAGUCUUUGUUUUUUUCUUGACAUAAAGGAAAUAUUCCAAUGAUUGCAGAAAAAUGACUUUUGAAAUAUUUUGAUAAAAGAAAGUUUCCGACCUACCGACACUUGCAUUUUUUUCUGAGCUACUGUCUCUCUCAGGUUGCAGAAUAUCAAGGGUUUGAUGGUAAUGAGAGCUAAACUUUCUUUUUUGAGAUGAGUAAACAAUUGUUUGUGGUUUCUUAGUUGUCAAAUAUCAAAAGAUGCAGGCGUCUGUGUAUGUGUUGUUGUGUGUCCACUGCUCGUCUGUGUUCUUCCUCUAUUGCUAUCUGUCAAGCUUUGUUUUUGAUACUUACAUUAAAAACACCAUUAGCCAAUGAAA